CAACCCGGCAAUGUUUAAAACGUGAAAACUGAUUAUUCAAACUUUGUUUCACCAUACCCAUCUCUAUAGACUACGUCCAAACACCACCUGAAGAGCAACAGCGAGUUAGACUAUACUUAGAGGCGCAGCAGAAGCUUCAAAGUCUUCAAACAUGCCGGUGGGGAGUUUGAUCCGAUUGACGAUGCGUUUCUUGAAGAAAUCUCUUCCACUCCUGCUUACCUGCGUAGCGUUCUUGUUAACCGUUCGAAUCUGGCGUGUGUGGAACGAUAUCAACCUAAACGCGGUGAAUUAUCUCGCGACUCCUUCUCCGGAUGAGCAGUCAAGAACAGAAGUUCUCAAACAAAGCAAUUACUUCGGUUCAUUAGUAAACGAUCACACCAUCACCGGUACACCAAUUGUUCAACCACACAUUCAUCGCACGAAAUUACUGAGUACGGCUAUCUGUACGAACUCUGUGUUUUUGCUCAUUUUGGUGUCCACGAAUGUGGGAAAUGUUGACAGGCGCCACUUAAUACGCAAGACUUGGGGAGCCGAUUAUUCUAUCAAAACAAAAUGGAAAACCGUUUUCCUCUUGGGCAAAAACAGCAACGAGGAAGAAAUGAGGAAAGCGAAGAAAGAGGCCGAAAUUUACGGCGACAUGGUACAGGCAGACUACCAUGAACAUUUUUGGAACAUGAGUUAUAAAGUUGCCAUGGGAUUCGAAUGGUCGGUGAAAUAUUGCAAUUUUCAUUACCUCCUGAAGUCAGAUGAUGACGUGUUCGUGAAUACCUUUGGUCUGAUGGACUUCCUGAGCAAAUACACAACACCAAAGAAGAAGUUUUACACCGGGAACAUCAUGGUUGGCAGUGUUGUCUUGCGAGAUGGUAGAUAUGCGGUGUCACCUGAGGAAUACAACGAAACUGUUUACAAGCCAUAUUGUAGCGGGGGAGGCUAUGUCUUGUCGCAUGAUGUAGUGGAAAAGUUUCUGUCGUAUUUUGAUGUUUUAAAGCCUUUAAAAAUCGAUGAUGCGUACAUUGGUAUACUGGCGGACCGGGUUGGUGUUAAAGUUACUCAUAAUAAAGAAUUUCGCAUGUAUGAAGACAAGUGUGAAUACAAGGAAACUACUUUAGUGCAGCACCCAGCCAGAGGUGACUGUCUGAAAAAGCUGUAUAAUAAAAUGAUCGAGGGUGUUUUGGUUAAUUAAUUUCGACUAAAGACAGGGAAGUCAUGGCUAAAGGUGAAAGAAAAAUAAUUCGCGAAAAACAAGUUUAAAAAUGAGAGCAAUGUACAUUUUAGAAAAGAGUUAUAGUGUUCAACGUUCGGUAAAUGAAGUAUAAGAAAGCGAAUAUUUAAGUAGGUUGAAACUGAAAUUUACAUACUAAACAGAUGGGUAAACAAACACUUUGUGAGCAGGUUGCACGUAAUUCAGUUCUCGGGUUUGAGUUUACGCAGGACCAGCAUCUUUUUAAUGAGGCAAUCAAAUUUGCUGGUACAUUUUGAAUUUUGCAAGCGUGUGAAGCUGUUUUAUGCUUAGUAUGUCAAUGUUGUCUGUGAUCAACUAUUGAGUAGACAAGUGGCAACGAUGAAUCUAUUAUUUUGGUAAGUGGUUCUGAAUUUCAUGUUUAAUUUGAGGUGGUAAUAUUUGUUAAUGGAGGACAGGGCAACUUUCUUUUAUGUCCAUCCAUGUGCUUUGAGUGGACAGUUGUCUGUCUUUAGGGUGUGCCUUAGAGUGAUUUUCAUUUGAUGUAUGAAACAAUACUACCUUAUGUCUCAUAGACCCUUGACAUGAAUGGUGCCUACAUUUGAAUAACAAUACUUCGUACAUCCUUAGCCUCACACUCAUGUUUCCAGACAAAUGAUUUUUCACAUGAAAUGAAGCUUAGGAUGUAUAAGUAUUGUUAUUUAAAUAUCAUCAUCAUUUAUUUGAAGGGUCUGUUGACAUAAAUGAACAAAGGGAAGAGAAAGGUUUGGGGAGCAGUAGUAUGUAUAGUACUCCAGAAUCUAUUUCAUGGAUAAAGGGAUCAUUUCAAUGCUUGGUGCUAGUGCAACCAAUGAUGUUAACUCAUUUGACUGUUUUGGUUUAUGAAAUAAUUGAAUGCCAGGUGAUGAAUGCUUUUGCGAGAAAGUUGCUUUUAAAAUUUUGCAGUCAGUCAAUGUUUUGAAGAGAUAUUGCCAUACAAUCAAUCAAUCAAUCAAUCAAUCAAUCAAUCAAUCAAUCAAUCAAUCAAUCAAUCAAUCAUUUUUUAAAACUUGGUUAAAAUCUUCAGUAAUUACAAUAGUAUAUAGUAUACUAAUCUAAAUACAUUACAUUAAUUUAAAACUAUCAUAUACUGUUUUACAAGGUUGCCAAGUGAGAAUCUAGUUAUGUAGCUAUACAAAUGUCUGUACAUGUAAUGUAUUUAACAAAGGAAAAAAUUCUCAUUUGGUA